AUGGCAUUCAAAGACAAAGAUGUGAUGUCCUUGCUAGGCUCUCCCUGGGAUGCCAUCCUUGAAGUUGCCAAAGACCAGCUGCCAUCCCUGGAUUCUGACUCCUCUCUGUCUGAUUGUGAGGAAGAGGAGCCCUUCAUCUUUCAGCGAUGCCAGCCUGCCCUGAUUCCAGACCUGACUGAGGAACUGGCUGAAGACCCUGUUGGUGGUGAUGAGUCUGAGACCUGGGUUCCUACAGUAAUGAGUUCUUCACCCCAGUUGAUUCUGGUGCCUGGGAGUGGACAGAAGGCAAGACUUGGGGACUUGACCCCUCAGGAAGGAAGGGGCCCUGACUGGUCUUGCCAGAGCUAUGCUAAGAGCAACCCUCUUCUUACACUGACUGGGGAGACCCCCACCUGCCUGGAAGGUGACUUUGGAAACCUGUCCUCAAAUAUCAAAGGAUCCCAGAAUCUUCCCUGGGGCUCCCAGGAAGAAGAAGCCAUCCUUUCCCUGGAAGAAGAGCCGAAGACAAAACCUUCAGAUGCUUCAAAGCGCAGAGCCCUGCACCGGGAGAGGCGAAAGAUGAUAGAGAAAGAUAUCUUGCAGAAAGUGACCUGGAAUGCCCAGGACCCAGCCUGUGGUGACCAUGGCCAAGCUUCAGAGUCAGGACCCUAUCUAGAAGCACCCUCAGAUCAGCCUCAGGAAGGAGGACCAGAGCUCUCCCUCCAGCAACUUGAAGAUUGGGAUUUGGAUUACAUCCUUCAGAGUCUGCCAGGGCGACAAGACAGCCAGGGUGACGGCACACCCCAAACUGCCUGGUGGUUAGCUGACCGCUGCCAAGGUCUGACCUUCAACAUUGGAGCCCAAAUGAAUCCCCACAAAAAGCAUACAAUGCAGCACUCCCAGGACAGGCUCCUCGAGCAGCUGACCCUCCUGUGUGCCACUCAGUCCAGAGUCUGCAACCCUGCCCAGAAGGUACCUGCUGACAUACUCUAAGCCACAGAGGAAUGGGAGAAGGGAUUUGGCCACCCUGCCCCUCCCCAUUGCAGAUGUGCCGUAUCGGAGCAGCCCGACUUUCAACCUGAGCCAGGCCAGAAGUUGGUAGACGGCAAGAAGCUGAAGACAGAGCCUCCCACCAUCUUCAUUGACCUGCAGCAGACAGAGCCACCAGAGCCACAAGACUCUCAGUCCCCAGAGAGUGGCAGCCACUUUGGGAAUCCAGGAAGGCCCAGAGCAGGUGGCACCUUCUUCUCGGGGACUGUGGACUGUACUGGGAAGAGCCAGCUUCUCCAGCAGCUGAGGGCAUUUCAGAAGGAGGCUGCUCCAUUCCAGCUGUCUGCCAGUGAGAGUCCUGCAGGCCUGAAGGCUCAGGCCCUAGAAGCUGCAGCCAGAUCACACAGGAAGAAACAUGUAAAACUCUGGGCUGAGGAGCAGAGUGCCCUUGCCCUGGGGGACCGUCUUGGGACACAACCAGCCAGGGAGGUGCUGCUUCCUCUGGGCCAGCCUUAGGCAGCUCAGACACAAAGGCAUACGUGGGUUCCAGGUCAUUCUGGAUGGAAGGUGAUGCUGAUCCUUGCUAAUCUGGAUGGAAUACCAUAUGGGAGAUUCUGAUGCUGGAAACCACUGUGUGUAGAAUGCCAUGGUACCCACCCUUGCUCCUCAGUACCCAUCAAGAGAUGUGACCAGCCAAGGCCCGAUCUCCACAGGGGACUUACUUUGCAAGCUUUGUCCCUCCCAGCCCUCCUUCUGUGCCUACCUUCCCAGCCUCUUUGAUCUCCAGUCACUUUGUGUCCAAGGUGGCCCUGCCUGCUCCUGCCUGCUCCAUGAAAGAACGGAGAAACCAUUGUCAUCAAGGGACCCCCAGGGCUAGGGAUCAGGUAGCAAGGCAGGGCAAGGGCAAGGGCACUUGGCAUUUGACAAAUGUUCCAUCGUUCAGCUGGGAGUAGUAUCAUUGCCACCUGCCAUGCUGCUGAGGGAGGCAAAGUUCUCUGUGUUAAGCCCUGAGCCAUACAAAAGGCAGGUCCUACGGCACCAUCACACAGACACCAGCGGCAGGCAGCCAGGAUCAAUGCCACAGACUCCUGAUUCACAAACCCCACUCGAUCUGGCCAUCAGUCUUCCUGACCCCAAAAGCUUGUGCCUUUGAAACCACAUGCAAGUCAGGCAGGCCUACAGGAGGCCUCUUUACAGGCCAAGGUCCACUGCCCUUCAUACCAGCAGAGGCCUCUCAUUUGGGCUCCAGGGUAACGUGGCUCCAUGUAGCUCAUCCACCCUCGGCCCAGCAGCCUCUACUUCAGCUGCUUAGCUAGCAGGAGCAAAGGCCCCCCACUAAACCCACUUUUUCCUAUCUCCAUUCCUUUUAAUGCCAGAAGGCUUGUUGAGAAUGGUUCCAUGAUAGAAAAUAAACUGUUGCAAGUUCAACUGUGCCUAUAAACUACUGUCUGGGAAAGCAAGCUGGAGGAUGAUGGUGGGUCCAAAGCCAGCUCUGCCACCUGGACA